AUGCAUUACAGAGGAGUGAGGAAGAGGCCAUGGGGACGAUACGCGGCGGAGAUUAGAGAUCCCGGCAAGAAGAGCCGAGUAUGGCUUGGCACCUUCGACACCGCCGAGGAGGCCGCUAGGGCUUACGACACCGCUGCUAGAGAACGCCGGUCGCCGGCGUUGUGGAAGGUCGUAGUCCCGAGUAGUCAGAGUAGCACUGUGGAGUCAUCAAGUCGGGAAGCAGCGCCGGUGCCGAUCUCACCCCCGCUUGAUCUCCACCGUGGAAUCUCGCGGUUCCCGUUCCAGCCCUACUCGGCUGCGCCACAGCCCUUUUUCCUCUUUAACUCGAUCGUCACGCCGGAGAAGUCGGCGUUGGCGAUCGUUGGUCGCCCGGUGUUUCUUUCGGAUUUGCACGCUGGCGGCGGCGUCCAGAGUGAUUCCGACUCAUCCUCCAUCGUUGAUCUCCACCCUUCCCCGCCGCCGGCGAAGCGUCUCCCCUUCGAUCUCGAUCUCAAUCUCCCCCCUCCUCCCGAGAUCGCUUGA